CCGCGAUGGGAAACCAGACAUGACGUCGGCCGUCUGAGCCGAGGUUCCACUCUUAUUAUUCUUAUUAAAUGAUAGGUAGACGACUACUCGUAGUUACUUUGACUUGAGCAUUAUUGCAUGUGUUGUUCAUUAUAUCAAGCUUCCCUCCGCAUAUUCAUACCCAUAUACCUACAUGAAAUACUAGACUACCUCCCCUUCGCAACCAUUCUGCGCAUCCAACCUCUCUUCUAACAGAGAGAAAAGAGAAUCAAACAGCUAUCCAUCAAGCAUGCUCCCCGCGCUCCAACCCUCGCGCCCAAAGAUCCAACCCCCCUCCCGCCCCAUCACCCUCCCGCACCAACAAAUCCGCAACACACACGACCUCCCCCUCCCCCUCCCCACACCCCCCAAACAAAACAGCCCUCCUCCCCAGCAAAACCCUACCACGAGACCGCGCAACCAAAUCGAAGCAAUGCCCCCCUACGCCCACCACCACACAUCACACCAGCAGCAGCGACAAGCGCAGGCGCAAGCGUACGACCCUGCGAAACGGCACCCGGUGUUCUUCACAGAGCGGCUGCGGAAGCCGCCGUUCAGGGUGCCGGACGUCGUGGGGAGCGGGUAUAGUCCUGUCGCGAGUGGGUAUAUCGUGGAGAGGGUUUUGGGGGUGAAGGGGGAGGGCGGGGGGAGGACGAAGCUGUGAGGGUUGCGUUUGUUUGAGGGGGGUGUUUUGAUAUCCAGUGAGAUUUUUUUGAGAGCGAUGAGAGCUAUAAGAGGCUACCGGUAGCUGCAUGUGAGGAUAUCUUUUGUCAGGGGUUUUUCCUGGAAAAGACCCAUAA